AUGGCUCGCACGGAUAUUCGUAAACAGUUUCAUGAGAUUGUUGACAUACUCAAACGGCUUGCAGAAGAAAUUCGUCUCAAGUCUGUCAGCAAUGAUCUGGCUUCAGAUACAUUGUUGAGGUGGCAUAAAACAACAGUGCGAACUGUAGAAUUCUUAGCGUUAAUCGGAGCUGCGAUGCCUGUGGACUCUGUCUUCCAUGCUUUGCAUGUAAGGUUGAGAUACCAGCGAGAAAACGUUCGAUAUCCAGCGGAGGAGAUUGAUUAA